CGCUAUUUAUGGAAGUAUCAAAAUCAUUGAAUGGGUUUUCUGCCACAAAAACAAAAAUUGUACUCAUUUUGUGCCCAUGCAUGUAUUCCAAAUCGUGCUCAAUUCGAAGCCCGAUCGAAGAUAUAUUUAAAACAAUUUAACAGCUUUUUCAGUGUAUUGCUUUGAGUCGUUGAGUGAAUAGCCAGUUUCGCGCACAAAUAAUAAAAAUUCGUUUAAAUCAUUGAAUUGUAUCUACGUUCCUGAGCAGCUUAAAAUGUGGAAAUACUUAAUAUUUAUCACGUAUUUAUGGACUGCUGCAACACAGACUUACUGUUAUCCUUAUGUCAGUUUUAGUACAACGUUCGAAAAUCCAUUCUUGCCAAAAGUAAAUGUAAUGGAAGACCCCAUACCAACUUUUAGAUUACGUACACCGAAUAGUAAUCCAUUGUUACUAAGAUUUCCAGAUGCAGAAGAUAUACAACAAUAUUCCAGACAAUAUUACUUAAAUUUGCAAAAACUAUUUAAAGCACGUCCAGCUGGUCUAGUUUUAACGAUCUAUAGAGAUAUUACAAUCACAAAUCCAAAUUAUAUACCACCAACAACAUCAACUGUAAAUUCAGUUAUACAAGAUUCAAAAGAUAACUUCAACGGUUAUUCUUAUAAUUUGCCAACAGCUAAUAAUGAUCCUACAGUACUCUCUACCACAGAACAACCAACGGAUCUUCCAAAAGCUGUAGGAAGCAGAACUUUAGCAACAACUUUGAACUCUGAAAGCAACAACUUUGAUAGUCUCCAAAAAUUUAAUACCAAAUUAUUUCAACAAAUUGGACCUGAGAAUACACAAAAUAAUGUUGUUUACUCACCAAUAUCGAUACAAACAUUGCUGUCCUACUUGUAUAUUGGGGCUAAAGGUAACACAGAGAGUGAAUUACAGGAAGCUUUGGAGUUGCCAGCGAAAAAAGAAGAUGUUGUGCAGUUGUUUAUGAAAUUAACUAGCGCUAAACCGCAAGGCGAUGUUGAGGUUGUGAUGGCCAACAAAGUAUUUUACGAUGAAGAUCUAACCUCAAAUGCGAAAUCCAACGAAUUGGGACUUGGAGCUUUUAACGCUGAAAUUGAAUCUAUUAAUUUCAAGGACUCAACAGCUGCUGCAGAUAUUAUAAAUAAAUGGGUGGACAGUAACACUGAUGGGCGUAUAAGCAAAAUAAUUGAUCCUUCAACAUUGGAUGCAAAUACGCGUACAGUUCUAGUAAAUGCGAUACAUUUCAAAGGAAAGUGGGAGAAAGAAUUCUCUACCAGUGACACACAAAACGACACUUUUUAUAAUAAUGGCGUUGAACCCACAGAUGUUCAAAUGAUGUACUCAGAAGAAACUUUCCGUUAUGGUGACUUGAAGGACUUAAAUGCUGAAAUAUUGGAACUACCAUACCUAAAAUCAGAUUGGUCUAUGCUUAUCAUCUUACCGAAAGAAAGAAAUGGCUUAGCAGAACUAGAAAAAAAAUUAAAUAAUGUUGAUUUAAACAGCUUAACAACAGAUAUCAAACCAGAGUCAAUACAACUAUUUUUACCUAAAUUUAGUUAUGAAUUUGAAUUAGAUAUGACGGAGUCAUUGAAAAAGUUAGGAAUAAGGGAUCUUUUUACUGACAAUGCAGAUCUGGGAGACUUCUUUAUAAAUGGUUCACAAAAAGUUUCGAAAGUACAGCAUAAAGCCUUUAUUGAUGUUAAUGAAGCGGGUUCGGAAGCUGCAGCGGCUUCAUUUGCCAAGCUCAUUCCUUUAUCACUGCCAGGAGACACUGUCCGCUUCAAAGUGGAUCAUCCAUUUAUUUUUGCUAUACGUAGUCCACAAGCAGUAUACUUCGUGGGUCAUGUAACUAAUUUUUAAGACUUAAAUUAAGUGAUUAUCAUAUAAAAUUAUAUAUAUAGAUAUAAUAUAUAUGUAAUUAUAAUACAAUUAAAUUUAGUUUGUAAGAUAUAUAGACUUGUGUUAAAAAUGAGAUUCUGUUUUUUAAUAAAAUAUUAAUAAUUUGCUAUG